UCUGCGUGCUACUAGCUGUGGGAGAGGAGACGUUAUGGCUGCACAAGAUGCCCUGUUCGCGCUAGAGUGUUUACCUUCGAAGGUGCUGGACUUCGAGCUUGAAGAUGGUGCUGAGCCCGCGGAGUGCGUAUUGCACCUUACGAACAAUGGCAGUGAAUCGGUAGCCUUCAAGGUUAAGACCACCAAGCCGAAGAGAUACCUAGUCCGUCCAAACCAGGGGGUUGUUGCUCCUUCGGAGGAUUUGCCGGUGUCCAUCGUCCUCCUGGCGCAGGACAAAGUGGGGCUUAUUUCGGAGUUCAUGCAGACCGGUGGGUGCAACGAGACCAACAAGUUCAUGGUGCAGGCAUUGCCGCUGCAGGGCGAGAGUGCCACCGCGGGCGCUGUGCCCCCCGGUCUCUGGGAGGAGGCGAAGGCGAGGGUUCAGCAGAAGAAGUUGGUGGUCCACUUCACCUUCCCGCGGCCGUCGAUACCGCCGUCCUCCGCUGAAACCCUCAAACAGGCAUCGAAUGGGGUUAGGGACGCCAUCGCCGGGGGCAGCAGUCGGUCGAGGUUCGCUACCGGGACCGACGAUGGGUUGCAAGGCGGCGCCGGCGGCGACGGGAGCGACAUGUCGCAAGAUCAGAUGUGGGCUCAGGCUGCGGAGCUCCGGCGAAAGUACGACGACCUAGUAUUGUUCACCAUCAACCUCACGGCGGAGAAGGACUUGAUCCAAAGAUCUCUCGGCGCCACCAAGGAGGAUCUGGCGAGAGAACAGCAAGCUCGCAAGCUGCUCGAGACAAAAAUGAUGGAGCCCGGAGCCAGGCGGCCCGCAGGGAGCGUGGUCGGAUCCACCUCUCCCUCCGAGAGUCGCUCGGGAUUCUCGCUGUUCUUCGUGGUUAUCGUAGCUGCGUUGGCGCUUUUCGCCGGACAAUGGACUGCCGCGAAUGGAUACCCUCUUUUCCCGGGCUCAAAAUCCAACUGAUCUCGAUGGCUGACGCCUGGGGCGGAUUAGGCGG